AUGAAUUCGCCGAUCUUGAGCAGUGCCUCGGUUUCUGAACGCCCGAAGCAGCCGCAGACUGACACGGCGCUUGAAGUUCAAUGUGGCUUACAGAGGAAAAGUAGCAUCAGUCGGCUGAAGGAGUUCUACUUACGAAGGCUUUCGCAAAGCGAAACUGCUGCAGUUUCACGUCUACGGGCGAAGUCGGCAACCUUUUCAAGUCCGCGAUGGUCACCAAGGACCUCUGGCAUUGAGACAGAAUGGGAUGCGGCCAGCAGCAAAGGCUUCAGCAAGGCGUCUGAGACCGGCUCCAGUGAUGUGCAGACGUCUCCAUCUUCCAGACUGCAAGAGAGUACCAAAGCUGUACCUCGCAAAAGUAUGACAGACCUUGAUGCAAAGCUCGAAGCUGUAAUGGCCGGCCUGGAAAGCAGGAUUCUGGAAUGCCUGGAGCCGAAUGCAAUGCGUCAUCUGAAGCAGCUCAGGCGCCACCUCGAAACGGCGUUGCGCUGGACCACCUCACCAGAGAUCAGUGUGAUCGGAGAACAAACCGCUCAGCAGGUGAAGCAAUUGAAUGGAACAGCUCGCGUCUUGGCCCCCGGAAUUUACGUGUUCUCCAAGCGUGCCGAGCAUCUCAUUGUCAAGAAGGAGAGAAUUCUGAAGAAAAUGGCCAGCAACAUGACGAGUGAUGCAGCAAGUGUCCACAGAAACCGCUUGGCAGACAGCCUGCCAGAUUUGAGAGUCCCGGCAUCCCAGUACCGCGCGGCGUCGACCAUUGUUAGUGAGCUGGACAGUGAGUGCGGGACUGGCACCGCCACCAUGUAUGCCGAGUAUGCCGACACCGUCACAUGGGAUGCGUGGGAUGGCCCGGACGUUGGCAAUAUCCAAGAGGUGAACGACUACCUCGCACUGAAGACCGAAGAUGAGCAGCGGCGCUGGUUUUACUCUCAAUGCCUAGCUGCAAAGAUGAAUGCCGCAGAUCAGGCAAAGGCCCGGAAAAUCUUGGUUUCCGACCUUUACAUGAAAGUGAAAUCUGCGGCGCUACCGGUCGGAAGUUGGACGAUGUUCAUUCGUGGAGAGCUUGAUUUCUUGGCCAGGGCCAAUGUCCCCGACAAGUUGGCGAAGGAUUUGGCGGAUCCAUAUUGUGAUCCAUCUGUCAGGCUGUGCGUGACACGCCUGCUUGGAUUCAUCGCAGGCGCGAUCCAGCCCAUUCUAUGUCCGGAGCUAUUUGCCAGAACAUUCCGCGUCACCAGGUGGACACCCUUGCUUCAGGACAGCUCUGCGCCCAAAGCUUCGCAACCAGAAAACUACGUGGGUCCAGCAGGGCUCCGUAGAAGUAUGAGCGUGAGCAAAGAAACACCAUUCAGCUCGAUCAUGAACCAUAAUCAGGAGAUGGUGUCGCUCGUCAGCGCGACCCAAAAUGAGGUGGCCAAGGGGGCCAUGGAUGCCUGGGCCACGAUCCUGCAGGCUUCUUUUCCUCCACGGCAUUUCUUUGCAACGAUCACAUCCAUCACAGAGAAGAAUGUGGCUGUUAUGCUCGUGCUUGUCGCUGGUUUCAGGGGCGUACCCCUGGCACUGACGAGGCUGCUUCUGAGAGUGGUAAGAGACCAGACACCUCCAGCGGAAUUCUACCAGAUGUCCUGCCUUGCGAACACAGUGUCUUCCAUCAAGGGCAAGGACACAGAAGACCUGUGCCCGUCGCCUUGUGUGUAUGAGCAGGAGCCAAUAGGAGCCAUGGGGUUCACAAAGAAGGUUGCCCAGGAGCCUCCAGAUUGGCAGCAAUUCUAUGUGAACUAUGAGGAACUGAAGCAGGCCGUGGUGAAGAUGGCCGAGGAGGAGGAAGAAGAUUUGGCUUCUGGACGAGGACGCCUUAUGACGGCAGACAUGCUGGACGACACGACGAAGAUGGGGCGCUUCCAAGGAAUGCUACGCGCAGAGCUAAACAAGGUGAAUGACUUUGCGUGCGUGAAGCACGAAGACAUCUUCCUUGGCCUGCGCAAGGUGUGUGCCCAAUGCAAGAAACUGCAGCCAGACGAAAUCGAAAACAAGGCAGCCAACAUUCGAGAGCUGGGCGAACAGAUUGUCCAUUUGGACUCGUUCGUCCGCCUGAAUUACAUGGGGUUCCAGACUCUGACCGAGAAGUUUGACGACCUCCUGGGAACCGCAGGGAGCGCACUGUUCGUGUCAGGUUUGCACUGCGAGCCUUUCUGCAACAUCCGCUUCGACGACAUUCUGAUUUUGCUGGGCUUGGCAUGGGCGCUUUGGCGAACCGCCCAGUCCACAGAGCAGAGCAAGGAUGCGACAUGGAAGCCGCCGGAGAGUUUCAUCCGGAACACCUCGAAGUAUUGGGUGGCACCCGAGAACGUGGUUCUUCUGAAGACACGCAUUGUGGAGCACUUACCGUAUUUGAUCUUUGGUGCAUCGCAAACGGAGCAAGAGAAGCUCCUGGAACCGUUUGCGUUGCUGGAUCUCGAGUAUGAUGGCCUUGAUGACCAAAAGGCUCUCAGUGCCUACUCUGGCACCAUGGAGGAGUCACAGCUUCUCAGCUCCGUGUACUUCGACAGUCCCGAGGCCACCAGCUACCAGGAGCGGAUCCGUCGCGAAGAAAGUGCUCGGUUGGUAAGGUUCCGCUGGUACGGAGAGAACAACCAGGAACCCGACAAAGAGAUCUACGUGGAACGAAAGAUCCACCACGAGGGCUGGGGUGGUAAGAAGUCGGCGAAAGAGCGAUGUGUGAUUCCUCAGGAGGAUAUCUUUAACUUCAUGAAGGGCAAGUUUGACAUUGACGGGUAUUUCAAGCAGCUGGCGGAGCAGGGCAUGUACUCCGAGAAGGCCCGGAAGAACAUGAAGGCCAUCGCAGUGGAGGUGAACUAUCUCAUCCAAGAAAAGAAGCUGCAGCCCAUCAUUCGCACAUCAUACUACAGAUGCGCUUUUCAGCUGGCAACUGACAACAAAGUCCGCAUCUCUCUUGACACGCAGAUGUCUCUCCUCAAUGAGUACAUGGCAGGCGGUCACCAAAACAAGCCCUGGUGCCAUGUCGCGUCGGACAGCUUGCAGCGGGACGACGUCUACCGCUUCCCGUAUGCUAUCCUCGAGAUCAAGCUGCAGGACGUUUCUGAAGCCCCGCUCUGGCUUCGGCAGACAUUGAACGACAUCGGCGCGAUCCAAGUUCACAAGUUCUCCAAGUUUCAGCAUGCCAUGGCCUUCCUUCAUCCGCAGCGGGUGCCGAUCCUGCCGCACUGGCACAAAGACUUUCAGGAAUGGCAGAACAAGAAGGAAGAUGCUCAAGCCAGCUUGAAGCGCCGGCAGAAACUGAGCGCGAAAGAACGAAUCCAGAUGAGCAAGGGGUCCUCCUUCACGGAGCAGGACCUGAAUGUUCCAGUUGUGGAGAAGGUGGUCGCUCCUCAGGGCGAGGGCCAUUUCCUGAAGGACAUGGAAAAUUUGGAUCCGAAGGCCGUCUUCGCAAACGAGCGGACCUUACUUCACUAUGCGGAGAAAGGCAUGUACGUCGCUGCGGUGGCGGUUGUCACCAUCAACCAUCACAGCAAGGACAUCAAGAUCUUUGGGCUGGCGCUUUCGGCCCUGACUGCCGCCUACUAUGUGUGGAUCCUCGUGGCUUAUUUCCAUCGGCUCAAAGAGAUCACCGGGCGCUCCAAGGUGGUCAAGAACCGUGAAGCUCGCUUGGAUUGGGAAGUCGGCCCAUGGCUGGCAGCCGGCAUGGUCUUGGUGGUGCUUGUCUACACCUUGAGCAAGGCCUGGACAAGAGCCAACGAUCACCAUCACCAAUGA